CGGUGUCCGAGCGGGAAUGGCGAGUUUGCUUGGAGAAACUCUGUUUGAGAUCAGUGGACAAGGUCCUGCACCCAUGAAGGACUAUUUUCACUUUGCCAUAAUGAAGUCUGAGGUUAUCUGGAGCUGGUGGAAGAUUUCUUUGAGAUUAGACUGCAAGAAUGCACCACCUGGACAGCUGAGAGAAACACAUGAAGACUUCCUAGAAGACAACCGCCUGCAAAAUCAAGUGGCCAUGGUAUUUGGUCCUCAUAUCUUGCAGUACUCCAAAAAUUUAUGUCAGGGAUACUAUGAUUUCAUUGCCCGUCUCCCCAACGCUUUACUUUUCAAAAUCAUGGGAUACCUGGACCUUGAAAACAUUUCAGUUCUUUCACGCACCUGCCGUAAAUUUAGAGAGCUUUGUAACUCUGAGGAGUUCUGGGAGCAGACAGUGAGGAAGCAUUGUGACACCGUGACUCCAACAGUGGAGGCUUUAGCUAAGGAGGUUGGCUGGAAGACAAUUUUCUUCACCAACAAGCUGCAGCUGCAGAUGCAGAUUAGCCGCCGGAAGCAGAAGGACAAUCAGUCCUGUGAGGAUAAAGAUGAGCCCAGUUCCUCUUCAGUAGCCUCGGAGUAAUUGGUUGAAGGCCCUAUUCAAAGCUUUUUUUUUUUUGUCUAAAAAGAUUUCUUGGUAGAAGUAGAACAAAAUUUUUUGACUAAUGCA